ACCAACAAACUGACAUACACAUAUAUACAUAUACAUAUAUACAACUCUGCCUAAACUUUAUACACAGACAGUUCAAAUAUGGCCAAGAUCUGCAACUUCUUCUUCAUCUUCACUUUCUUCAUUCUAUCUUCUGAAUCUGAAGCUCAAAUUGACCCUUCCGACUUGGCUGCUCUGCGCCUCAUCAAGAAUUCACUCACCGACGUCCCAUCCGCCGCCCGCUUCUUCUCCACCUGGAACUUCUCCGCCGCCGCCGACCCAUGCGCCUCCUUCGCCGGCGUUACCUGCUCCGCCUCGCGUGUCACAAUUCUGUCCCUCGGAACGGGGAUGGCCGACUCGCCGGGACUCGCCGGAACUCUCUCGCCGGCUGUUGCCCAGCUGACGGAGCUCACCCAGUUAAUUCUCUUCGCCGGCAUUGUCACCGGCCCCAUUCCGGCGCAGCUCGGUUCGCUUCAGAGCCUCCGAGUCAUCGCCCUCACCAGCAACCGCCUGACCGGAGAAAUUCCGGCCUCAAUUUUCCGGCUCCAGAAUUUGCACACCCUCGACCUCAGCCGCAACCAGCUCGCCGGAAAUCUCCCGCCGGCGAUUGACGCCUUGCCCCGCCUCAAAGUCCUUGUCCUUGCCUCCAACCGCCUCUCCGGUCAAAUGCCCCGCCACUUCCCGGAAAAUCUCCUCCACCUCGAUGUCGGCGGCAACUUACUGUCGGGAACCCUGCCGCCGCAGAUGCCGGCGGCGCUCCGAUACCUCUCCGCCGGGAACAAUCUGAUGUCGGGGGAACUCAACGGUAUGGAAUCCCUAACCUCGCUGGCCUACCUGGACCUGAGCAUGAACAAAUUCAGCGGGCCCAUUCCCGGAGCUCUGAUCCGCCCCGCGCUGACGUCACUUUUCCUCCAACGGAACAAUUUGUCAGGCCGGGUCCCGCAGUCCCAGCCCUGGCCGGACUCGGUGGCGGGGUCCACCGUGGACCUCAGCCACAACUCCCUGACAGGGGAGCUCAGCGCCGCCCUGAUCGCGGCGGAGUCGCUGUUCCUGAACAACAACCUCCUCACCGGCGGCGUUCCCGAGGAGUACGUUGCCAGCGUCCAGAGGGGCACCAUGAAGACGCUCUACCUCCAGCAUAAUUACAUCACGGGAUUCCCGAUCCGGGUCGGGUCCGCCCUGCCGGACACCGCCGCCGUCUGCGUCUCCUACAAUUGCAUGGACGCGCCGCCGCUGGGGCUGUCGGCGUGCCCCGCCAGCGCCGGCGACCAGAUCUCCCGGCCGGCGUAUCAGUGCUCUGGAUUUCACAAUUAACGACCGUACAGAUUUUAAUUAAUUUCUUCACGUCCAUUGGCUGCUGCUGCUGUUUAAUUUUGUCCACACUCCCACAAUACACUCACACUAUACUGUAUGUAUCUAUACACUUAUAAAUUAUUUUUUUUUAUAUAAUUAAUUAAUUAAUUUUUAUAUGUGUGAUUGGAUCAGUCCGAUUGUGCCGUUACUUAAUUUCCAUACAACACGGGACCUUCACUUUAAUAGUCGCUACGUUCGUAGAAACACGCUUUUGGGCUAGACAAGUGAGAUGUAGACUUAAAG